GAAGUCUCGUGAUGUAGCACCUCUGGGUUUAGAAACUCUGUGAGUCAGUUUGAGACCAUAGGACUGCAGCGGACGCCCUUUGCGACUAUACUGCCAAUGGCGAACGAUACGGCAACCGGGAGCAAGGAGAAGAUGGCGGAGGAAGAUACAAAUGCAGAGAACUUAAAGGAGAAGGCGAAUAAUUACUUUAAAGAGCGAGACUAUGAGAAUGCGAUUAAAUACUACACGGAGGCGUUGGAGCUCAAACCGUGCAGCGCCAUCUACUUCUCCAACCGCAGCCUGGCAUACCUGCGGACAGAGUGCUAUGGCUACGCCCUGGCCGACGCCACCAAGUGUCUGGAGAUAGACCAGAACUACAUCAAGGGUUACUACCGCCGAGCCACGUCCAACAUGGCCCUGGGCAAGUUCAAGGCUGCACUCAAAGACUACGAGACGGUAGUGCGUGUGCGACCUAACGAUAAGGACGCUAAGAUGAAGUACCAGGAGUGCAACAAGAUUGUGAAACAGAAAGCCUUCGAGAGAGCCAUUGCUAGCGACGAGAUGAAGAGAUCAGUCGUAGACUCCCUAGACAUCGAAAACAUGAUGAUCGAGGACCAAUACACAGGACCGAAGCUGGAAGAAGGGAAGGUCACAAUGAGGUUCAUGAAAGAGAUGAUGGAGUGCUUCAAAGACCAGAAGAAACUGCACAGAAAGUGUGCUUAUCAGAUUCUGAUCCAAGUCAAAGAACUCUUAUCCAAACUACCCAGUCUUAUUGAGAUCACAUUAAAAGAGACGGAAAAGAUAACCAUUUGUGGCGACACACAUGGACAGUUCUACGAUCUUAUAAACAUCUUUGAGCUGAACGGCUUACCCUCUGAGACCAACCCCUAUCUAUUUAAUGGAGACUUUGUGGACCGUGGUUCGUUCUCCCUAGAGGUCAUCCUGACUCUGUUUGGCUUCAAGCUGCUCCUCCCUGACUCCUUCUACCUCCUCAGAGGUAACCAUGAGACUGACAACAUGAACCAGAUGUAUGGUUUUGAGGGGGAGGUGAAGGCCAAGUACACCGCUCAGAUGUUCACUCUCUUCAGUGAGGUCUUCCAGUGGCUGCCUCUAGCCCAGUGCAUCAAUGGCAAAGUCCUGGUGAUGCACGGGGGGCUCUUCAGUGAGGACGGAGUGACGUUGGAUGAUCUGAAGAAGAUCGACAGGAACAGACAGCCCCCCGACUCUGGUCCUAUGUGUGAUCUUCUCUGGUCAGAUCCACAGCCACAGAAUGGCCGGUGUGUGUCUAAGCGAGGUGUGAGCUGUCAGUUUGGGCCGGAUGUCACCGAGCGGUUCCUUGACCAGAACAAUCUGGAUUACAUCGUCCGCAGUCACGAGGUCAAGGCAGAGGGUUAUGAGGUCACACACUCAGGGAAAUGCAUCACAGUCUUCUCAGCGCCCAACUACUGUGAUCAGAUGUGUAACAAAGGAGCGUACAUCCAUCUCAGUGGAUCAGACCUCAAACCACAGUUUCACCAGUUCACUGCUGUGCCUCAUCCGAAUGUGAAGCCCAUGGCGUACGCCAACUCACUGAUGCAGAUGGGGAUGAUGUAGAGGCCAAGCCCAAGUCGCUCAGUCUGACCCCUGACCCUGGCCAACAACAUGCCCAUACUGUGCUCCAUGGGAUCUCUCGCCCAGCCAUGCCUGAGUAGCUCCCUUCCCCUUGGCCCAAACUCUUUGAUCUCUGUAGUGAUGGAGCUUUCACCAUAUGACUGUCACCUUACUGCUCUGCAGAAAUCAAAGGGUUAUUGUUAAGGGGAAGAAAUGGGAAGUGAAUUGUGUCCAGUUCCGAUAAUCCCUACUGUUUCUUUCAGAGUAUCCAACAUGGUAGGGUCAUGGUAUUUAAGGCAGGAAGAGACAACAUGGUAGGGUCAUGGUAUUUUAGGCAGGAAGAGACAACAUGGUAGGGUCAUGGUAUUUUAGGCAGGAAGAGACAACAUGGUAGGGUCAUGGUAUUUUAGGCAGGAAGAGACAACAUGGUAGGGUCAUGGUAUUUAAGGCAGGAAGAGACAACAUGGUAGGGUCAUGUUAUUUUAGGCAGGAAGAGACAACAUGGUAGGGUCAUGGUAUUUUAGGCAGGAAGAGACAACAUGGUAGGGUCAUGGUAUUUUAGGCAGGAAGAGACAACAUGGUAGGGUCAUGGUAUUUUAGGCAGGAAGAGACAACAUGGUAGGGUCAUGGUAUUUUAGGCAGGAAGAGACAACAUGGUAGGGUCAUGUUAUUUAAGGCAGGAAGAGACAACAUGGUAGGGUCAUGGCCAAUAGCCAAAUCGUGUCUAUUGAUAACCAACCACCCCUGCCAGUUUGGUGUUGAUGCAUCCAUUUUGGAGCUGCUGCGUUUGUAGUGAUUAGACUGGUUAAUCAUACUGUACCUAACCUUAACCAUACUGUAUGUGGGGAGGAUGGCUCAAUACUGGCUCUGACCCUAAUCAUAAUGGCUGGAAUGGAGUUAAUGUAAUGGUACCAAACACGUGGUUGAUACCAUUACAUUGAUGCCAUUAUUAUGAGCCAUCCUCCCAUCAGCAGCCUCCAUGGUACAGUUUUGAUACUGUAUGGAGCUGGUUUGUACCAAAGAAUUGGAAUGAUCCACGCUGUCACAGCAGUAAAACUGUUCUGCUACUGUAAAACAUACCGUUGGUUGACCUACUGUUCGCUUUGUAGUGUCUCUUGUUGGGUUGUGUGAGUAAUAUGUGCUACAGUAUUGGUACACAGUUUUAUUUAAGUCUUUUUUUACAGUAGAAAAUGUAGCUAUGAUUCCAUCUUCAGGAGAACAUGAACCUGGUUAUUUGACUCCAGUCUCACUCUGCACGGUGCUGUUCAUUCCUGCUAGUCCGAUGGUUUAGACACAUGCUGUACAUGUAUGCUGUUUUGCACCUACUGCACCUUUUCUCUACCUGUUGCUGCUCUCCAAGUUAACUCUUCAGCUCAGCCCAUCAGUCUCCUGGUAGCUCCUACACAACCCCUCUUCUCUCCCAACCUGCUUUGCUACAAGGCCAAGCACUGGUGUGAUGCUCCAACCUGCUCCACUGUUAGUCUACCAGUGACUUUGCCCAUUUGCAGAUGUUUGGCUCAGACGUCCAGACACCAAGCGCCCAGCUGCCGUGUCCCUUCAACUUUUUAGAUCAUUCUAUACACUGAAGUGUAUAUGUAUGUAUGUAUGUAUGUAUGUAUGUAUGUGUGUGUGUGUGUGUGUGUGUGUGUGUGUGUGUGUGUGUGUGUAUAUUCUGUGUACAUGUUUGGGAAAAAAAGUUAUUUGAAUAAACUUUCAGUCCACUGA